AGCCUCUCUCUUAUCACGACAGACUUUACCCGCUGUGCCCCGAAAGUUUCUCGAAAGCGUCGCAUUCUUAGUGAUAUUUGGACGAGGCAAGUAGGUAGCGGCCUUCUAGGGAGGCAUAAGUAGAGUAGAAGUCUUAAUGCAAGAUGUGGACUUCGAUUUGCUACUUGAGCCCAUGAAUGCAUACAACUUUGAAUUCAUCGUUCCGAUUAUGUUGGUAAGAUCUGCUGGCUGAUCUAGUUGUUCAACUUUGAUUUCAUCUCCUCCCUCCAACAUUUCCACUUUGAAUUCACUUGUGGAUUUGUGUUGUGGAGUCGCGAAAAAAUGGCGGCCAUUCCUCAAAAAAGAAUCUCGGUCACGCCAGCGACGGCGACGACCAAUGCCGUACCUGUGACGUUCACGGACCUAAGCUACGAGGUCGAUGUGCCGAAAAGUGAGACUUAUCUUAAGGCUUCAGGUAAUCCAUCGAUCUUCACCAGCACUUCCUCCAAGGGGCCUUCUUCUAGGGGGAUCAUGUAUAAUCUUAGGGCUCUACUAAGGGGAAAGCAAGGUCGUUAUUUUGUGAGGGUCGUGUAAUGGUGGAAAAGUAGUAAGGCCUCGAACGCUCACCCCCUCAUCAUGACUAAGGCCAACUCCUAUUCUACCCUAAGGCCGUGAUGACUGUGAAGAUGAACGCUCACCCCCUCAUCAUGACUAAGGCCAACUCCUAUCCUAUCCUAAGCCCCCCCCCCGUUAUCAUGACUUCUGUGAAGAUGGAUCAUUCUACUUAAAAAGAUCCAUCUAAUUUCUCUUCUGGCAAACUGCAGAUUCUUGACAAGAUGACCGGUUGUUUUCGUCCUGGUCGUCUCACGGCGUUAAUGGGCCCCUCGGGAAGCGGCAAGACUACCUUGAUGGACCUGCUGGCCAUGCGCAAAACUCUGGAGAAGGGAAAAAGUCGUAUAACGAGUGGGAAAAUCCUCUAUGGCGGGCAAGAGAUGACAAAGGACUCCUUGCACAUGGUAGCCGGGUACGUGGAGCAAUUUGACACCUUUGCGGGCGAACUGACAGUAGAGCAGAUGUUGCUGUACACUGCCGAACUGAAACUUCCCAAGUCCUGGACUGACGAAAAGAUCCGCGAACUAGUGGCGAGCGUGAUCAAGAAACUGUCUUUGCAAAGUUGCAAGGAUACGAAGAUCGGCAGUGUGCUAGAGCGUGGCAUCUCUGGAGGACAGGCCAAACGGUGCAACAUCGCUCUUGCUUUGAUUACCAAGCCUGCAGUACUGUAUCUGGACGAGCCGACCAGCGGUCUUGACAGCUACACGGCGAACGAGGUGGUGCUUCUGCUAAAAGCGCUCGCGAGCGAAGGGAGAACCAUCGUGUGCACGAUCCACUCGCCAACUGCGUUUGCUUUUUCGCUGUUCGACGAUCUGGUCAUGAUGCGAGACGGCAAGCUUCUCUACGCAGGCGAACUGAGACUGGCGAGAAACUACUUCGCGUCCAUUUCUGGAGUGGAGGGAGGAGCUUUCGUAACAGGAGCUCCUCCUUGUUCUGGACAGAAAGAACACGUCAUCCUCGAGUCCGAAGGAGGUCUUCACGGACCUGUAGUUUCAGAUGAAAUAAAGCUUGCGGCGCAACCGGCGCAAGUGCCUACGCCGCACGACGACGUGCUAGCCGGGACAAGACAGUACUCAAAGACCUCGGGUUUUAGUACACAAGCCUUCGACCAGGGAUUGUUUUCCUUACCAGAGUGGCUAGUCGAUAUCACUUCCGGAAAACCCUCUCAAACCGUGAUGUCAAACUUGGCUGUGGAUAACCUCUUCCACGAGCAGCAGCGUUCCGAUAGUAAGGAAUCGACUGGAGGACAACGAGGACAAGUAGGAGUUGAAAACAAAGAGCACACUCUUGAUACAACAGGCGAGCAUGAAAACAGGAGAGAUUUCCUCUUCGACGCCUUUCAGAAGUCUCCUCAGUACCAGGAAUGGCUUCUUCUCGUGCAACAAUGUGACGCGGAGAGUGUCCGAGACCCUACCACUUCGGGGAUUUCGCAGAUUGCGAAAGCCUACGAUCCGCGGUCCUCGUUCUCGAAGUUGCGCACCAUCCUGAAAUAUCGUGCUGCGCAACACUACCGCGACGGCGAAUACCUGGGACCUCGAGUCGGCGACAAGGUUUUCAUGGCACUCGUCAUUGUCUCUCUGUACUGGGACAUUGGGGAUAAGACAGACGCACAGAGCAUUCUCUCAACUAGUGCAAUGCUGUAUUUUGUGUGCGCGAUUUGCGGUUAUGGGGCUGCAGCCUAUGUCCCCUCGUUGACUUUGGAUCGGCCAUUGUUCUAUCGAGAACUCGCGGACGGCUGUUUUGGGCCCUUUACCUACUACGCAUCCAAAUUUCUCGAGGAAUCCACAUUGUGCAUCUUCACGUCGGUCUUUUUCGUGCUGACCGUGUCCUGGGCAGUGAAUUUGACCGGAAACGUCCUGGUUUUCAUUCUCCUCUACUACGUCACCGCCAUGCUGGGCAUUGUCCUCGCGUACCUGUUUGCGGCGGUUUCGCCCAAUAUGGACGUCGCAAACGCCUUGUUGCCUACCUACGUGACGCUCUGCAUGUACUUUGGCGGGCUGUUCAUCGUUUUCUCGAAAAUCGGAGCCGGAUGGUACUGGUUUUCGUGGAUCAGCUUUCUGCGGUAUGCAUGGGGCGCGAUGAUGGUCAACAAUUACGCUGAUGCAGACGGGCCGAACGAACCAGGAGGCCAACGAGUCCUAUUCCAAGAAGGUGUGCCUUUGACCGUCCUAGAAUUCUACGAAUUAGAGGGUGACGUUAUGGGCAACGAGUGGAUUCAACUGCUCUUAUUAGCAGUGCAGCUCGUCUUUUUCUCCACGCUCGGCGCGUAUACUUUGAAAUACGUCCGGCAUGGAUCCCGAUAAUUAUAAGUGAGGCACUCAUUCGAUCCCGAUGAUAAGGGAAAAGCAAAAGGAAAGCAUUUAUUUAUCGACGAUGAUAGAACUUCAAGCAGCGUUCUUGAGUAGUAGGAGUAAACUCAGUUGGAAAGACCAACGUCAAAGACUAGGGAACAAACGUAGUGAAGUUGGAAAGUAAAGAUCGAACUUGUCGAAGGAAGUUAAAGAAAAGCAUGAUGAUGUUGCAGAAAUAUAUGCAUGAUUUGCUACCUCUACCUGUGUUGAUACACUACAAUUGGCCAACUUGGAAUUUUUUAUUUGUUACGCGAAAUGCAAAUGCGUAUGCACAUGCAUACAAACGAUAUUAGAACUAGAAUAAUUGAAACGUAUAUUGUUACGCAAAUGAAGAUUUCGUGAUACUGCUGUAAACGUACUUACUCUUUGUGAUUGUAUAUUUUUUCGUUGGUUCAUUGAGAUACCUGAGAUAUAAUGAUCAUGACUUUGGAUUUCUUUGGUAGUGUUUGGUGUAUUUGACAUGACAGGAACGUCCUAGUAUGAGAGUUUGGAUCUUCCUCUGUAUGUCAUGUCCUACGAGAGUUUAUUGGAUCUGCAUGUGUAUACAUGAUCAAACUGUACUGCAUCCUAACGAUACUCUUCGGCUGCAUGGAAAGUACAGAUUCGUUCUGCAUAGAGAGUACCAGUUUGGAGGUUUUAGGUCUGAAUGUAGCGUGUGUUUUUAGACAAGGACGUUCCGAAAAAAUAUCUUCUGAUGUGGAG